AUGUGGUUUGUCUUGGCUUGCCUCCUACUAUUGCCCUCCACUGUAAGAGCGUCAAAGAAGGCGACUGAUACUCUCGGCGUUCGUGAUGACCUGCACUUUCCCCUGUAUUCCCGCGCUACAAACAAGGAUGGAUCGCUGCCGACUUACAAAAAUCCCGAUGCUUCGAUUGAGGACCGUGUCGCCGACUUACUUCCGCGCAUGACUGUAGAAGAAAAGGUGGCUCAGCUAAUUCAAGGAGACAUGAAUGGUUGGAUGAGUCUGAAUGAUCCAUUAGAUGACACCAAAGUCUUCAAUCAGUCAGGCCUUGAGCAAAUGAUGGCUACAAAAGCUGGCGCCAUCUGGGGUGGAUACCUUGUACCUUGGGACAAAUUCGUUUAUGGCGUCUCCAUUGGCCAAAAAUACCUCAUGGAAAAUACGACGCUAGGAAUACCUGCCAUCUUCCAGUCCGAAGGUCUGCACGGCUUCACAAAUAACGGGACUAUCUGGCCUUCGCCGAUUGGCCUGGCAGCCUCCUUCAACACAGAUCUCCUGGAAAAGGCUGCCGCAACCAUUGCGGAUGAAGCCGAAGGGCUUGGCUUCACGCAACUUUUUGCUCCUGUUCUGGACAUGUCGCGCGAACUUAGAUGGGGGCGUGUAGAAGAAAACUUUGGCGAAGAUCCAUUUCUGACGGGUGAAAUGGGCCACGCGUACGUGACUGGCCUACAAUCUGGUAGACGUAGGAAUGUUAGCUCUACUGCUAACGCCCGUAUGGCUGCGACCUGCAAACACUUCGCCGCUUUUGGUAGCCCUCAGGGUGGAUUAAACAUCGCUCAAGUUAGCGGAGGUGAACGAGAGCUACGCACGAUAUAUCUCAAGCCGUUUAACCGUGCAUGUGUUGAGAGUUUGACCAUAAUGACAGCCUACUCCAGCUACGACGGGAUCCCUGCUAUUGCUAAUAGUCACCUUCUCACUGAUAUUUUGCGGGAGGAAUGGGGCUACCAAUACUAUGUCACGUCAGAUGCUGGGUCAGUCGAUUUGCUCAUCAACUUACAUGGCACGUGCGACACUCGUGAAUGCGCUGCGAAGACAGCCCUCGAAAAUGGCCUAAGCGGUGAAAUGGGUGGUGGGACAUACACAUAUCUCACCUUACCCGAUCAAGUUAAGGCUGGCACUGUUGACAUCAAAUACAUCGAUGAAACUGUCAAAACGAUGCUCCGCACAAAGUUUACGCUUGGUCUCUUUGAAAAUCCUUAUCCUUAUGACGAUUAUCUAACGACUCUUCGCACACCUGAAACGCGCGAGUUGCUUCACCAGAUGGAGCUUGAGUCGAUUGUCCUGCUUGAAAAUAAACAGAGCGUUUUACCUUUGAGUAUUAACGUUGGCUCUGUCGCGUUGAUCGGCCCACAAGUCGAUCGUGUUUCCUUCGGUGAUUACGUCUUCUUCAAUGCGUCAUUGAAUGGGAUAUCGCCUCUUGCAGGCUUCACCGAAUUCCUAUCGAACAGCUCUGUCAAAAUCAACUAUGCGGAGGGUUGCAAGCUCUGGUCCAAUGACCAUUCCGGAUUUGAUGCCGCGAUGACAUCUGCUAUACAGUCAGACGUCGCAGUCGUCAUGGUUGGGACUUGGUCACUCGACCAGACCCUGCUUUGGACGCCUGGAACGAACGCGACGACAGGGGAGCAUGUAGACCUGUCUGACCUUGGGCUCGUUGGUGCACAGCUUGCGCUUGUGCAGGCAAUCAAGUCUACUGGGAAGCCGACAAUUGUCGUAUUCGUCAGUGGAAAACCUGUAGCCGAGCCAUGGAUUCAAACCAAUGCCGAUGCUGUGAUUCAGCAAUUCUAUCCUGGCGAACUCGGUGGUCUUGCGUUGGCUGAAAUUAUAUUUGGUGCAGCAAACCCGUCAGGAAAGCUUCCUGUGUCGUUUCCUCGUAGCGUUGGAACCACCCCGGUUUUUUAUAACUACCUCAAGGGUAGCCGUCCCCUUGACCCAGGUCUCAUCACAGCCAACGGCUCACUAGUUUUCGGACACCAAUACGUCCUGGACAGUCCUGUUCCUCUAUGGAGCUUUGGCCACGGCCUAAGUUACACCACAUUCAAAUACUCGAAUCUGCUACUCUCGAGUUCGACAAUCGGAAUCAAUGAUGACUUUAAUGUGACGGUGACCGUGCAUAAUACGGGCUCUGUAGACGGCAAGGAGGUCGUCCAGGUUUACCUUACCGAUGUGGUUAGCUCUGUCGUAACACCUAACCAAGAACUGGUAGGCUUCCAGAAAGUGGAUAUUUCGGCUGGUGCAUCCAAAACAGUCACUAUACUCGUGCAGUCCUUGCAGCUCGCUGUAUGGACAUUGCAGAGCGGGUGGGUCGUCGAGCCAGGCGCCUUCGCGAUUAAAGUUGGGACGAGCGAUCAAACCUUCUUGAACGCCACGCUGACUGUGCAGUGA